AUGGCUGACGAGUACGCAGACUUGAAGCUGAUGUUGCAGCAGCAGCUGAAGCUGAUGGAGGCUCUGACCGUCGAGCUAUCCAAUUCAUCCAUGGGCCAAUCAAGCGCGGCUGGUGGUUCACAAUCUGUUGAUCACAUUGCUGACAGCAUCACUGAAUUCCUGUAUGACCCGCAGGCCCAUAUCACCUUUGAGUCCUGGUACAAACGAUACGAGGACUUGUUCUCUGUCGAUCUGGCUGCCCAGGACGAUGCAUGGAAGGUUCGACUCCUUCUUCGCAAACUGGGUGCGGCUGAACACGAGCGUUAUGCAAACUUCAUCCUCCCCAAGAAUCCCCGAGAGGUCGCUUUCAAGGACACGGUUGAGACGUUGUCGCAGAUUUUUGGUGAGCAAUCAUCCCUCUUCAACACUCGAUUUCAGUGUCUGCAACUGUGCAAACGAGAUUCCGAUGAUUUCAUCACAUAUAUGCGGGCAUUGUUAAUCGUGAGUGUGGGCGUUUCCAACUCGGUUCUCUCACUGAAGACCAGUUUAAAUGCCUUAUAUUUAUCUGCGGCCUCCAGCCCCCCAAGGAUGCUGAUAUCCGGACACGUCUCCUGUCCAAAGUGCAGCAGAACAACUCUACCACACUCCAAGAGCUGGCAGCAGAGUGCCAAACGCUGAUCAAUCUCAAGCACGACUCUGCAAUGAUUCAGAACCCGGCCUCAUCUUUCUCAGUCCAUACGGUCACAUCGACCAAAUCGCAUCCUGUUACACGGCCCAAGCAAGUGUCCAAGUCGAGAUCUCCUCCAUCUCCUUGUCGGCACUGUGGCGCGUGGCAUUUCCACCGGGAUUGCACAUUCCGCCAGCAUCGCUGCCAAAGCUGUAAUCAGGUGGGACACCGCGAUGGGUUCUGCAAAUCAGUACCAGCUUCUGGAGGCAAGCCAGCCCCCGCCACUCCUAAUUCCAGGCACCGUUUCCGGCCAAAACGCAAGCCCAAACCCCAGUCCGUUGGUAAUUCUCUGAGUCUCUUGGCCGCUUUCCAGCUCAAUGCGUCUGGUCGUAGAAAAUUUGUUGAUGUCUUGCUCAAUGGCCAUGCAGUUCGUCUACAGUUGGACACUGCCUCAGAUAUCACCAUCAUCUCUGAGAGACUCUGGCAGUCCCUUGGCAGUCCCACGAUGCAGCCGACUUCCCAGUCCGCCACAAGCGCGUGCGGUGGUCUCGUACAGCUAGUUGGGCAGCUGCAAUGCUGUGUGUCGUUCCGCGGUACCAGCAUCACUGCGAUCUGCUACAUCACCAAGUCUGAUCUAAACCUACUUGGCCUCGACUGGAUUGAACAACUUGGGUUGGCCGAUAUGCCGCUUCGCGUUGUUUGCAGUCAGGUGCAGAUUCCCGCUGUGCUUGCAGACCAAGCCAAGGACAUUCUCCAACGCUUUGCUCCAGUGUUCCAAGACGGCCUGGGUCGUUGCACAUACACUCAAGCCGUGCUACAUCUGUCUCCUGGAAGUCAACCAGUCUUCAGUCCAAAGCGACCAGUCCCAUAUGCAGCCCUACCACUUGUCGAGGCUGAACUGAAGCGUCUAGAGGAAUUGGGAGUUCUGGUUCCUGUAUCCUACUCCGCCUGGGCCGCUCCAAUCGUUGUGGUUAAGAAGCCCAAUGGCUCGGUCCGCAUUUGUGCUGACUUCUCCACCGGUCUCAAUGCCGCGCUGAUGCCGAACUGCUAUCUAUUACCGGUUCCGGCUGAUCUUUUCACCCUGCUGAAUGGUGACACUUGCUUUGCCAAGUUGGAUCUUGCUGACGCGUAUCUGCAGAUCGAGGUCGCCCCAGAGUCGCGCGAAUUGUUGACCAUCAAUACCCACCGCGGUCUGUUCCAAUACACCAGGCUGCCCUUUGGUGUCAAGACCGCCCCGGCCCUAUUUCAACAAACGAUGAACGUAAUGCUCUCCGGCAUCCCUGGCACAGCUGGGUACCUGGACGACAUCAUCAUCGUGGGUCGCUCCCCUGCCGAGCUGCAAGACCGAGUGUGCGCAGUACUCGAACGCAUGCAGGAGUAUGGCUUUCGCCUACGGGCCGAGAAGUGCCAAUUCUUCCUCGACUCCAUCAAGUACCUUGGAUUCGUUUUUGACGCCAAUGGUCGCCAGCCAGAUCCUGACAACAUUCGGGCCAUCCAACGGAUGCCUGCCCCCAAGAAUGUAUCGCAACUUCGUUCGUUCCUUGGCCUGAUCAGCUACUAUAGCGCCUUCCUACCAUCGCUGCAUGACGUACGGGUCCCGCUCAACCGUCUGUUGCAGAAGGAUGCUCCUUGGUGCUGGUCCCCCGACUGUGAAAAGGCCUUCGCCCAGCUAAAGUCGAUGCUGAGUUCAGAUCUGUUGCUCACGCACUACGACCCGACGCUGCCGAUCGUUGUUGCUGCAGAUGCUUCCAACCACGGAGUUGGUGCCGUCAUCUCACAUACUUUUCCUGAUGGGUCUGAAAAGGCGAUCAUGCAUGCAUUUCGCACGCUAACCCCUGCGGAGAAGAACUAUGGGCAAAUAGAGAAAGAAGCUCUAGCCCUCGUGUUUGCCGUCAAGAAAUUUCACAAACUGUUGUACGGUCGCCACUUCACGUUGUUGACGGAUCACAAACCAUUGCUGUCAAUCUUCGGUUCGAAGAAGGGCAUUCCCGUCUACUCAGCCAGCCGACUUCAGCGAUGGGCAACCAUCCUUCUUGGCUACGAUUUCGACAUUCGCUACUGUCGUACUACAGACUUUGGUCAGGCUGACGCCCUUUCUCGCCUCAUCAGCAAUCAGCAGGAACCGGAGGAAGAUACCGUGAUUGCAGCUAUUUCGAUUGAGGACGGUGUGCACCGUCAGCUAUCAGACGCCAUAUGAGGUAUCCCUGUCACUGCCGCGGACAUCCGACGUGCUACUGAACAGGAUCCUGUCCUCCGCCAGGCCAUCACCUACGUGCAGACCUGCUGGCCAACCACUGCUCUCGCUGGCGAUCUUCGCCAGCUCUUCCUCCGCCGAGCAUCGCUAUCUGUGGUUGACUCCUGCCUCAUGUUUGCAGACCGUGUGGUGAUCCCAUCUUCCCUCCGACCCACUGUACUACGCCAGUUCCAUGCGGCUCAUCCUGGUGCCAGCCGAAUGAAGUCUAUGGCUCGCAGUUUUGCCUACUGGCCGGGUAUCGACGGCGACAUCGACGACCUGGUUCGACGCUGUUCUCGAUGUCAGCAAGCUGCCAAGAUGCCGCCUCGUCAACCUCCAAUACCCUGGCAACCACCGGAGAGGCCUUGGUCACGUGUGCAUAUCGAUUUCGCUGGCCCACUUAACGGAGUCUCCUACCUAAUCUUGGUUGACGCCAACUCGAAAUGGCCCAAGAUUGCUCCGCUGAAUCCAGCAACCGCAUCUGCCACUAUCGCCUUCCUACGACGCAUCUUUAGCCAGCAUGGCUUACCAGAAGUCCUGGUUUCAGAUAAUGGUUCUCAGUUUAUCUCGUCGACGUUUGAAGAUUUCUGCCGCCAGCACAACAUCCAGCAUCUUCGCUCCCCGCCCUACCAUCCUCAGUCUAACGGUCAGCCGGAGCGUUUUGUCGACACGUUUAAGAGAGCCCUUUUGAAAGCUCGUGGGGAGGGGACCACGGAAGAGAUAGUCCAGGCGUUCCUGUUUUCCUACAGGACAACACCGAACCCGGCGUCCCCUGGUGGCGUUUCUCCUGCCGAAGCGUUGAUGGGCCGAAAACUGCGGACAACAUUUCAUGCACUCGUCCCUACCGGUGCGCAGCCCGCGCAGACUUCUUCAGUUUCUCGCAGUAAGCUCUCCAUCGGAACACCUGUCUUCGUUCGUGAUUAUCGAGCGGGGUUCCCAGACUGGAUUGAAGCAACCGUAGUAUCGCACAGAGGCAGUAUGUUGUUUGACGUCGACGUUGGUGAUGACAUCUGGGUUCGCCACCACAACCAGAUCCGACGGCGACAUUGCAGUAACAUAACUGGGCUCGAUUCGGCGCCGUCACUCUCUCUCGACAUCCUACUGGAUACCUUCGCCAUUGCGGCAGAUCAGUCGGUUCCCGAACCCACUUCUGCGCCCCCUUCGGAUAUACCAUCUUCGGUAUCAGUUACCGCUCCCGUAUCUCCGGGCAUUAAACCACGACUAAGACGCCGGACCAACCGCGUGCGCCGAUCAACACGUCUGAUGCAGGUAAACCCACGCCAGAAGCGGUACUGA